UGAAUUUACUUUUUUUUUUAGAAUUUCCGAAUUUAUACUGAUGUAUUUGUUGUAUUCAAUGCCCUAGGAAUUAAAAGCAGUAAUAUGGAUUGCACAGAUCUAAAUGCUUUCGAAGAUGACAACAACAUUGAGCCUUGUCGUGCGUGUGGCAUUUUUUUCAUAUCAGAUGAUGCUAUUAUUCAGCCAAUAUUUACAAAAGUUGGAGCCGGCGAAAAUUGCAUUGGAAACAUGCCAGAAAUAGUGAAACUUAUGAACGAAUGGAGCCUUCAGGUGGAAGAGAAUGACGGACGACCUCAGAACAUGUGCAGAUCCUGCAUAGCUGAGUUCCAGAAAAUUCUUAAGUUCAAGCGAAGCUGCUUGGAGACGCAGGAACAAUUCAAUGUCCUUGAUUACAAACGAGCUCACAAUGGUAUUAUAAUUAAGAAGGAAAUUGAGCCAGAGCAGACAUUUUGCGGAUUCAUUUAUCUCGAUACAGACGAUGAAGAUGGUAGUGAAGAAGACGGCAGUAGACGAGUCUGUGCUCCCUUGGAUAUACCACAUGUGCCCAUUAAGCUGGAGCACACAGCUCGAGUACCACAAGAUCCACCAUAUCAGACAGCAGCAGAUCAAGUUGCCAAUAAUCUGCCAGAGGAGGCGACAUUUUCCCAAGUCAAGCCACAGGACUUGGCCGUUGAAAAUGGCUUAAGUUCCACACUAUUUGAGAGUUCGCAUAAUGAGAGCCAAGAUAGUGAAGAUGAAGUCAUAAAAUUUACUUAUGACGAUGACUGCGAUGGCGAAGAGCUAACCACGUUGCCAACGCCAACUCAGGAGGAUGGUGUCUACUGCAAGCUAUGCGGACAUGCGUCUCUCACCCAGGAGAAGCACACGGAGCACAUGAAUCGUAUGCAUAUGCUUAAGGAUUGCGAGUGUCAUAUAUGCGGUAAGAAGUUCACUAAUGCCCACGAAUCCCGUUUACGCUUCCAUAUGAAAUGGCACAAGCUGCAAAAGCAUCUCAAGUGUCCUAUCUGCGGCUUCUUCUGCAACUCCAAGGAUACACUCAAGGAGCACAAGCUCGCGGUGCACACACGGGCCAAGUGUGAAUUCUGUGGCAAACAAAUGAAGCAGCAGCAGCUGCAAGCGCACUUAAAUCGGCAUCUUAAAGAACGCGAAGAGGAGCUGGCGCUCAAGUUAAGAUCCAUGCAGACUACAGAAACGGUGGAAACGACAAACACAAUCCAAGAAUCUUGCUUAAUACAGUGCGCCUUUUGCGAGCUCACCUUUAACGAUGCCGAGCAGCUGGAAGGUCAUGUCCGGGAGACGCACACAACAUCGCCAGCGGCGGCGUCUCCAGUGGAGCCCGAUCCAGAUCCUGAGCUGCAUGAAAUUGUUGAUGUGUCAACAAUUUUUCCAGACACUUUCAGCACGCUACUCUCCAGCACAAAUCCAAUUCAAGAUAGUUCCAAUAUCAGCAUACAUUCCGACACAUCGAAUCGUCACAGCGUGGUCAUGUACAAGUGUCCGUUUUGUGCUAAAUCAUUCAAUUUGAAGAUCAAGCUAAAUCGUCAUCUUCAGCUGCAUACUAAGGACUCGUUUUGAGACACAGUUCAACUGGACAGGAAGCACCCACAGAAGCCAUGCCAAUACAAUAUGAUAUAAUUGUUAAAGUUAAUUUCAUCUUUUCCCUCGCUCUAAACUGCAAUCGUUGAAGCGGUGCAGUAAAUAAAACGAAUAUAGCUAUAAGUUUUGGUACAAUUCGACUCAUUAUGUUUGUUUCGAUGAUAUAAUAUUAGAUUUCCAAUAAAUUCAUCAAUUCAUCUAA